AUGAGGCGCGGGGCGGGGCCGGGGCCAGGCGCGGCGGCGGCGGCCGAAAGGGGCGAAGUUACCCGGCAGCGAGCGGGCCGUGCGUGGAGAGGUGCCCCCCUUCUCAGGAGCACCAGGAGACCAGCUGCAAAGAGCCAGCAUGCUGCGGCUGCAGUGCUGCAGACACCGAGCAUAAGGGCUGGUCUUCAGCGUUGCUUGCAGAGUGGCAAUGGCCGUGAUCUUCCUUCAGAGACACCUCAGCACAGGAAUCUCGAUGCUGAAAGAGAUGAAGGCCCUGAGAAGAGAGAGGCUCUUCAUGAUCUUCUGCUUGAUGAGCCUCACUGCUCUCGCUGGUGCCUGGUGCGGGACCUCGCUGCUCACGUGGGGGCUGUGUGGAAAGAAUGCGCCACAGGCUUGGAGGCUCUGGGCAUUGCUGGGCAUUGCAGGAACACACCUGACCUGUGGAAAGGACAAGCUGGAGAGAUGCAGCAGCUGAGGGGUGACGUGGCACGCCUGGCUGCAGAAAUCGGCGCUAUAAAGAAGGAAGUUCAGCAAAUGAGAGAGGCAAUGUCUGACCCCAUGGAGGUGUCUGACUGGGCUCUCAAAAGUGCAGGGACUGCCAUCGACCUGCAGAGAUCAUCCAGCACCUCUGCAUGGUUCAGACGGGUGUUUUGCUUCCUGUGUGCUCCACCCGUUGAGGAUACCUUUGUGCAGCCGGAUGCUUCCCCAGGAUCCUGCUGGCCUUUGCAACAGUCUCGGAGCGAGGUGCUAAUCCGAUUGCCCACAGAAGUACAACCAACGGCCAUCACCUUACAGCACUCGUCAAAGAUAGCCACUCCACUGGGGACUGUCAGGAGCGCGCCCCAAAAUUUCACUGUCUCUGGACUGGAUGAGGAAGGCCAGGACGAAACUCUGCUGGGGUCGUUCAUCUACAGCGUGCAGAAAGAGCCGACUCAGAGCUUCCCUCUGCAGAAUGGCAUCCCCAGAGCCUUUCGGGUUUUGAAACUUGGCAUACAGAGCAACUGGGGAAACCCAAGACACACCUGCAUUUAUCGAGUGCAGGUGCAUGGGAAGAUGGUGGGGACAAAUGCCAUCAACAAGACAGACGUGGAGACUCCCCUUAAUAAGAAUUAAAAGAGGAAAACGGAGGAACAGACCAGAGGGAUCUGUUCCUCCACAAUCAGAGUAAUCUGAUUUAUGUGGUGCAGAGCAAUGUCAUUUCAGUGUCCCUCUCAAAGCAGCCAACUUCUUUCUGCCUUUUGCAGGCUGAGGUGCCGGAGCAGGUCCAGAGAAGGGCAAUGAACCUGGUAAAGGGUCUGGGGAACACAAGUCUUACGGCUGAGGGAGCUGGGUUUAGGCUGGAGAAAACAAGGCUUGGGGAGAUCUUUAUCACUUUCUACAUUGACCUGAAAGGAGGUUCUAGAGAGGUGGGUGUCAGUCUCUUCUCCCAAGUUACAAGCGAUAGGACAAGAAGAAAUGGCCUCAAGUUGCACCAGGGGAGGUUUAAAUUGAGUAUUAGGAAAAAAGUCUUCACCAAAAGAGUUGUCAAGCAUUGGAACAGGCUGCCCAGGGAAGGGUUCAGUCACCAUCCCUGUAGGUAUAUAAGAUGUGUGAAUGUGGCACUAGUGAGAUUGUUUCGUGGUAGACUUGGCAGUCCUAAGUUAAAGGUUGGACUCGAUCUUAAAGGUCUUUUCCAACCUAAAUGAUUCUGUGAUUCUGUGAUAGGUAAAAAAAGAAUAACUACUACUUGUUUCAUAAUAUAAGCAUAAGCAAAGCAAUUUAGAGUGCUGCUAAUAUCGUCAAGAACAGUUCCUUUUCUUCACAACAAGCAUUGGAUGUCGUCAGAAAACAACAUAGAUUCCAGUUCAUUUAUAUUAUUAGAGAGCAUGCCAAAUGCUUCUUUAAUGAUUAUUCCCUUCUCUUUUCCUUCCCACCAUCUCUACGAAAUAACAAAGUCCCGAUGCUUUAACAUUUGUGUUAAAGUGUGGCUAUAUAUAAUACAGUGUGGCUCUGUAUUCAGUGCCCAAGAGAAAAUAUACGUUGAAUAAAGACAACUCUGUUAACCAUAACCUACCUUUAAUUAUAGCUCUUUCAUACCUGUUUUGAGAGCAUCUGAUGAUUUCUCUAAGCAAAAAAAUAGCAAGUCAUAGAUAUUUUUGCAAAUAAAUAUAACCAGUUAGUGAAAAUGGAGCUGGUAAUACCAUUUUUCUUAUCUACUUGGGUCUCAACAGACAUACCAAUACAAAAAUACAGAUGUCGAGUGUUUUGGGUAAGCCACAGGAGGGAGUUAGUGAGUAGACUGAGAACAACAACAAAAAUGCUUUUCACUGCUUUUGCGAGGCUGUGCUCACUUAUCCUGUUUGCACACAUGCACAGCAUCAGCCUUCUUUUCAGGGAAGCUGCUUAGAAUUCCAGAGAAAUUUGUAGAGCAAUGACUGCCUACCUGCUCACAACCUCCACCUUACUCUGAGCACAUUCACUCACCUUACUCACUGAGCACACCUUCACUAUCGCUCUCUCUGAACAGAGCUUCAAGAGAAAGUGUAGUUUAAGGCAGCAUAAGAUUACUUGCACUUGGCAAAUAAACAGCUUGGACUGAACCUGAUGUCUUUUCACUGCGUGGAGGAAUGUAGGCAGGAAAACAUGGAUAAGGCAAAAAGCAUUGUUUCUUCUUAAGUGUGCACUGUGUACUUCUACAAAAAGACCUAUUUUUGAAAUCUGGCAACAUUCCCAUAUGGGAAAAAUACAGAUAUAUGUUUCUUAUGAAUGGUAUAUAGAAGAGUUUGCAAUGAGCACAAUUGAAAUAUGUACAGAUUACAGAUACAGUAAUGACUUUGCAGUUAAUGACAGCGUGAUUGCCAAGGUCUUGUAAGAAGGCUGACAGUUCAUAUAUCUGAUAACAGCAGCAUGACUGCCUCAUUAGUCACAACAGUAUUCUCUCUUAUUUGUCCUCCUCUUUCAAGUCUGGAGCAGGUACAAAUGAUACCAGGUCUUCUACCAAAAUCAGGUGGCAUUUUUAAGUAAUUUGUAACUGAAUGCACAGAUAAUUCACAAUCAGAUUCUCUCUCUUUCUCAAAUAACAUGGAUCAAAAAUUAAUAAAAAGAGUCAAGAAACCAUUGUUCUGUGAAAAUAAGCUCUUAUGUAAUUCAGUUUCUCUGAAAGGCUCCUACUUUGCCAAAUGCAAUCUGCCCAAUAUCAUAUUAAAUAAAUGUAGACGGGUUUAUAAUACAGAGGAGCAGCAGAGAUCCUUCUUGAGUCUCCCUGAAUAACGAAUUUUACAUUAUAGGCACUAAAGGCUUCUAUAUAAUAGGAACAGUAUAAUAAUAGGAACAGUAGAGCACAAUCCAGCUUGCUGAAGUCAGAGACUUCAAAAGGUCCAUGGCAAAAUUAAGAGUAGGACUCCCUUAUCUCAAAGACAUUAGAAGAAAAUACUUCUUUCUUACUUUAUAAAAGUAGAAUGCGUCUGCAAUUAUCUCUUAGAACAGCAUUAGUAUUGUGAUUGCUUGUGUAAGCUCUGUUGCAAGGCAGUGAGGUGAAACAAGUACUUGAAGAUACAAGGACACUUUCACUAGGUACAAAGAGAAAGACAGGCAAAUCCAUCAUGCUUAGCCUGCAGAUUCAAGUACACAAAGCAAAGCAUGCUGAAAACCUACCAGAAAUGCAAAUAAAUGCAACAAAUGAAAGCACAAUGGAUAUGCAUAAUCAGAUAAAAUGAGGAAAAUACAGCAUUAAAGAUCAUCCUUUCUGCUCUCAGGAAGGAGUCAAGACACAAAGAUCAGGCUAGAAUUUUUGAAGCAAGAAGUGACGUGCAGCAUCCAGUUGGAGAUAUUGAAGGCUAGUUUUCAAAGCGCUGAUGAUGAUCAAGUGAAAGGCAGGCAUAGCAUGACAACAAAAUGAGCCAGUCUACUGCUGAAAACACAGAACCUAAGUAAUUUUGAACUAUUUCUACUUGAGUCCCUAUGUUCCAACUAUAUACAGUUCCAAGGAAUUAAGUUUUUAGAGUCCCAUUCAGCAAUAACGAGUCUAUUAAAUGAUAUGGAGUAAUAUAAGCAAUCAGAAGCAGUCACCUUAUUUUAACAUGACAGCUCCUAACAAAAAUGAUAAUAUAAAACUUAUUCUUGCACAAAAGGAUUGGAAUAAUUUUAUGAGUUAUUUUUAUGAUGAUGUUUAUUAUACUACAAUUUCAGCAAAACAAAUUAUACAAACAAAACAAUGCUAUGUAAUUAAUUAGGGCAGGAAAAAAUAAAGAGAUUUUCUUGCUGUAGUCUUUUGUUGGGUAGGUUUAAAUUUCAAUUGUAAUUUCAACCAUAAAAAAAAUACUGGGCCUAAUACAUAUACAUAGAAGUUUCUCUAGUACAAUUUCAGUAAUCCCACUGACUGCAAUGAAAUAAAUUCUGUGAUAAAACGGGAAAUUAGAUUAAUAGGAUUGGCUGCUAAGCACACCCAAAUAAAAUCUAAAAAAAUAAACCAGAACAAAAUGAAUAUUAAUAUCUAUUGAUAUACAUCUUGUAAUAAUAAAUUAUAAAAAUUCCAAGUAAUUGACUUUAUUAAGUGUGCAUAUAUAUUCUCACUAAGAAAACAACAAAGGAAAAAGUAAUACCAGUUUGCCUGCAGUGGGUGGACCACAGUGAAAUAUUUUUCUGUCUACUAAUCUUCUCGUUUAAGAUUUGUAUUUCUUUAGUUUUCUCUUCCUUGGCAAAUUCCUUAUCAGCUUGAAUUGCCAUCUCAUUAGGGAUCACAUUGCUUUGCUGCAGCCUGUUAGAUGCAUGAAAGGGGCAAAUGUGAAAAAGGCAUUGAGAUCUUGACAUGUGCAAGGGCAGAAGGCCAGCUGAAUCCACAGACUAGAAAAACAAAAGGGCUGCCAACUUACAGGCACCAUACUGAUAGCCGUACACAGCCACAACUCUGAAAUUGACUUGUCAGUCUGCAGCAGACCUGCAAAACUCAUAAAACAUUUACUGAUAAGGUAGUAAGCAGACAACCCAGCUAAGGACUUUCCAUAACGCCAGCUCUACUGGUAUUACCCAGAAGGCAUCUUCAGACAAAAAUUCUGUGUUUAAUUACAACCAACAAGAAAAAUAGUGAGAAAAAUAGUGAUCCUGGCAUAUUUUUAGAUUUGACAUUUGCUACAGUAGGCCAACCAAAGCAUUUCCUCAUUUCACUACCAGAAAAUAUUAAACGUCAAAGAAGAGAAAUGUCAUGCUUUACAUGUAAAUGCCAUGUCAUUUGUCAAGGCCUUUUUGUAUGUAAGUUGAAGAAGGCUGUGGUUUUUCUAAUUAGCUUAUGGGAGAAUUUCUGCAGAGUUAUAAUAAGCAAGUCUAGAAAAGAUCUCUUCACAACAAGUCUUCUAACUCUGUUAAGUUUAUGCCAUGAUGAUCCCUUGUGAUCCAGAUGUGAUUUCCCCAAGAAAAUUAGGACCAUGUGUUCCAAACUGACUUUACUUGUAAUGGUAUCAUCCAUAGAUUAUCUUCCCUAUUUACAGCUAUAAAUUAUGGCAAACAUUUGUAGGAACUUGCAAUUUUCCUCUGGCUCAAGACAGAGCUUAUCACGUUCCACCAGAGAAGAUCCCAUUGCCUAUCUUUUUAUGUUAACUUACUCCCACACAAAAUGUUUAUCUCAUUUGCUACAUGUACUGAAGGAAUAACACAGUCUGUCCUGUAGCAGAGAUGGAGAAGAAAAGAGUUCAAUGUAAUUGCAGACAAGCUGCCAUAGAUAAAUCUUCCUGUUUCUUGGAUAACACAUGCAGACUGUGCACUCCCAAGUCCUGGUGCCCCUCUUCUUGUUUGAUUCACAGGAAUGCAUUGGUUUGCCUCAAUUCCCUUAGUUUAAUGUUCAGUUCCUUCUCUUCAGAAUUCAGAAAAACUGAAAUAACAAACUUCAAGAAUCAAACUCACUCCUAAAGUGACAUAUAAUAGUAAUUGGAAAAACACUUUAAACAAUGAAUUGCAAGCCCUCUUGCAAAAGAAAAAUGGUCUCUACUGAAUAUUUAAUAUUUUAUUUUUCAAACUCAGAAAAACCUAGGCAACCAAAAAAAAAAAAAAAACUAUGACAGUUUAGGAUAAUUUCACUAGUAAUACUGGCAUAUAGAUCUUCAGAACUUAACUGGUUCUUUUAGUCCAGUGUAUUCAUUUUUUCUCUCAGCAUGUACACUCAGAAAUCCCAUGUUCUAAGAUUUUCAGGUUGAAUUCUUUGCUGUUUCUUGCAAAUUGUGAUAAUUUGUAGUGCUACAGGAUCUGAAAACUGAGUGACUAACUCACCACUGAAAGUCAUUUUACUUAACAAACAUCUCCCCAUAUGUACCAGAAUUUCCUAGUUACGUUCCUGUAAAGGUGACAUAACAAGACAGAGAAAGGAUUAUCAUCCCUGAAUUAUCCACAUAUUCAUUCACUACAAAGUAAGAAAUUGUUAAAUGGUUAUUUUCAACAUACAGCCUCUUCCAAACAAACUUAUGCACAUGAUUCAUUGGCUUGUCCUUGGGAUGGUGUCACAGUAGAGCUGACAAUAAACUUUAUUUCAAGAUCCUAUU